AUGGCGCGCGCCCAAUGGCAGCGGGCACCGCGCGCGCCGCGCCGCCGUUCAACACCGACCGACCGAGCGGACACCAGCAGUGGCCGCCCCGGGCACGGCGGCGAGAGAAGAGGGCCCCGCCCCGGGCAGGUGGCGUCACGGCUGCGGGCCGAGCGCAGCACCUGUCGCUUUGAACGCCCUCCUCCCCCGCCCGCCCCCCUCGCGGCCGCGCCGGACGGACCCCAGCCAGAAGCCUCGGGACGGGGAGCGGCAGCCGCUCGGGAGCAGCGGGAGCCGGAACCACCGCCCGCGCCGAUUGGCGGAGGGCAGCGGGACGAGCGCACGUGGCGAAACCGCGCCGCUCCUCGCCGGGACCCGGCGCGACCCUGCCCGGCGGGGAGCGCGCUGCCGGUGCUCCCGAGGCGGCCCGCGCGCAGCGGCGCCUCGCGUGGCCGCCGGGGCGCGGCCGGCGGGCCCGGGCCCGGCCGCCUCGUGCCCGCGCCUGGUGUCAAUUUUCGCAGUUCGGGCGGCGGGCGGAGGGCGCGCGGAAAGGCUUGCGGGGUUCGCGCGCGACGCGGCCGCUGUCCCCGGCGCAGUCCCGCUCCCCGGUCGUUACCGUGCGCGAAGCGCGCGCGGCCUCCCGCUUCCUUUCUCACGCGGACCGUGUGUCCGCCAGCUGGGGACAACGUGCGUGCGCACCGUGCUGACGUCAUGGCGCCGCAGCGCGCGCAGGCGCACAGCAGGCCGGCAUCCCCCUCCCUCCCGCCUGCCCGUCACGUGCCCGCGCCGCGCACAGGGCCCGGUGCUUGGCCCGGCCCGGCCCGCGCAGCGCCGCGCGCGCGGGGAAGCUUCUCGAACGGGUGCGCGCGCGCAUCGCUCACGCACCGGCGGCCGUCGAAGGCCCCGGGGCUCCGGUCGCGCGAGCCCGCCUCCCCCCGCGCCCGCGCCAGGAGUGCGCGCGAGGCCCGCGGCGCACGGCGCCCCCCGGCGGGCCGAGCGGGACGGCACCGCCUCGCCAUCCCCAGGCCCAGGGCAGCGGCCGCCUCCGCCGGGAAAGGAGCACCGCCGGCAGGAACCGGCCGCCUCCACGGGAAACCCUCAGCUGAGGAAGUAACGAAGUCAGCAAUACUUCCAUCGCCUGAGCGGGCUCUCGCUGACCGGCCAGAGCGCGGCUCAGACUCUGACCAGCGCAGCUGA